AUGUUGGCUGCUUUGGCGUGCGAGUUGAACCUCGACUUGUGUCAUUUCGAUGUUGAGCAAGCUUUUGUGCGUUCGGAGUUGGAGGAAGACGUGUACAUGCGUUUGCCGCAGGGAUGUGGAGCUCUUUCUGGAAUGACUGUAAAACUAGGCAAGAUUCUGUAUGGCUUGAGACAGGCAUCAAGGCAGUGGCAUGCAAUGCUGAAGCGGUGUUUGGUGGAGUUAGGUUUUGAGCAGUGCAUGGCCGAUGCUUGUGUGUUUCGAUUCAUUGAAGAUGGAUGUGUUGUUUUGAUUUUGAUAGUACAUGUAGAUGACAUUUUUGCUGUGGGAGAGAGGGAGAAAUGUGACAAGUUUGGCGCCGACCUUAUCAAGUCCGUGCCAGUGAAGAACCUGGGAGAGUUGAGAUGGUAUUCUGGGUGCUUUUACGAGAGGAACAAGGAGACCGGUAGGUUGACGAUUUCUCAGCAGACUCUCACGGAUGAGCUAGCAGCAGAGUAUGGAGUAGUGGGAGGUCAGAGCGUCCCGAUGUCUUCGGGGGUGAGGCUGUCUGAUAUUGAUGCGGAUGAGAUGGCGACAGACCUUCCGUUUCGUGAACUAGUCGGAUCUUUGAUGUGGCUGGCGACUAAGACUAGGCCAAAUAAUGCGAACGGUCGGUAUCAGGGGGGAUCGUCCAGGAUCGUCACGUGUGGAGGAGGCGCCGUAUCUUGGUUUUCAGAACACAGAAGUGUUGCUACGCUUUCGACGACAGAAGCAGAGUGCGUCGCGCUUGGUGACGUAGUGAAGGGGAUCUUGUUUUUGAGGCAAAUUCGGCGUUUCAUGUUGCCGCAGGUCGGCAUGCCGUGCAUCCCAGUCUUCGAGGACAACCAGGGGGCAAUUCAACUAGCGCAGAACCCCAUCUCGAACUCGAACUCGAAGCACAUUGAUGUAGGGCACCAUUUUCUCAGGGGACUGGUAGAGAGGAAGGAAGUUUCGGUGAUCCACGUGCCGUUGCCAUACCAGCGUGCAGAUUUUCUCAACAAGAGCUUGCCGAAGGACACUUGCGAGUCUCACCGUGAUUUUGUGAUGAAUUUGGCAUGA